UUCACGUCCGGAUUUCUUUAUGUCAAGGUGCCCUUGGGCUUUAUUUCUGGAACCGGCAACAUUGCUCUUCGCAAUAGCUCGGUCAAUUAUAGAGUCUAAGUCUUCAAACAUAGCUCACACAGCGGCUGAUUGAUGAAGGCGUCAAAGGCGCUCGUUCGGAGUUGUUUGCUGUAUGAUUUUAAAGUGGAUCUGUCAGCAGCAGAAUCAAGUCGCCGAAUUUACCAGGCCUUUGGAGAUGAUACCGUUAACGAACAAACAGCUAGGCAAUGUUCAGGUAGACCUCGCGUACAAGUCCUUAGAUCUCGAGCCAACCAGACUACAACCUUUUACAUUUCCUGGACAACACCUUCCUGGGAAUCCUUCAACAAUCGGCCAGACCUCGAAAAGGCCGUCACGGUCUUCUUUGCGUCCAAGACUUCUGAGUUUUACCAAGAUGGCAUCGCACAGCUAGCCAAUCGUUAGCAAAAGACACUGUAUGCGAUGCUGAUUACUUUGAAGAUUAGAGGUGAUAUGAAGUGUUUUUCAGAGAGCUAUGCAGAAUGGAUAAAAUAAAGGGAUGCGAUACUUGGGUGGGCAUCGCUUAUGCUAGUCUGAAAGAUGGUAAUUUUGCUGCCCAUCCUGUCAGUUUUCAUUUGGUUUCUCUUCUGCGCUACAGGAAACGAAAUCUGCAGUUUCAACCGCUUGUGCACAUGUCGGAAAUCUCAUCACGAAGUCAUAUGUAGAGGUGUUCCUUUCGCCAAAUUUCCAUUGUUACCCUUAGAAGGAAUUUAUCAGGUGACUGUGAUACGUUCAGGAAUAGAAGCUCUAGAAAAUAAUUUUUUAGCGGGUUCCAAUAUCGCCUCAUUGCACCUUAUGCAAAAUAAUAUCAUCCAUAUACCUCCAAGAGCCUUCAGUGGAUUAGAAGAUAUAAUCACUACACUGGAUUUAAGUCAAAAUAGGCUUCAAGACUUUCCACUGCCUGCUCUUCGCCCCUUGAACAAUCUUCAAUGGUUGAAUUUGCAUGGUAAUCACAUAGACGACAUCCACAGCUGGAAAUGGUCCCAGCUGAAUUGCAGACCUGUUCUGAACAGUUUGUUUCUUGGAUCUAACCACAUCACAAGUAUACCUGAAGGUUCUUUUGCCAAGCUAGCAAGUUUAAAUCUCUUGGAUCUUGAAGGAAAUAUCAUACACGACAUCGGUAGUCAUUCUUUGCCAACUUCCCUGAGAUCGCUCUCGCUUUCCAACAAUAUCCUAAAAAAAGUGCCUCUCCACGCAAUUUAUACUCUUAAAAACUUGAGAUUCUUGUACCUAUCGGGAAAUCUUUUUCGUAGGCUUCCAUGCCCAUUUCACCUUCACGCAACGUUGAUAGAAAAAAUGGAAAUCAGCAAUAACAUGUUAGUUCAAGUACCCGAAUGCGUUUUCAAUGGUUCGUUUACUAUAAAAGAACUGCACUUGGAUUUUAAUUUCUUACGAACGUUAUCAGCAAGAAGUUUUAAAAACACACGGCUGGAACGCUUAGUGCUAGCAAACAACCGAAUAACUGCUAUUCAUUCUGAUGCCUUUGUAGGUAUAGAGACAACCCUCAAGACACUAGAUUUGAGUUUCAAUCUGAUGGAACACUUUCCAUCGGCGGUUAACGAUCUCAAAUCUUUAUUGUACUUAUCUCUCAAAGGAAAUCUCAUAUCUGAGCUAGAAAGAGGUGAUCUACAUGGAUGUAGAACUACACUUGAGAUGUUAGAUUUAUCUGGAAAUGUUUUCCAGAAUGUUCCUAAGAAUACACUUAGGCACUUGACGAAACUUGUACGCCUCAGCCUUCAGGAUAACAGAAUACAAAAAGUUUACCGUGAUGACUUUGAAGGUUGGGGUAAAACUUUAACAACCUUAAGUUUAGCAAAUAAUAGAAUGACUUACUUGUCAGGUGGAACGUUUACUUAUCUACCGAAACUCAAAGAAUUAAAGCUUUCCUUUAACAACUUAAUGUAUUUAGAUGCAAAUGUGUUCAUUCCACUUGCCAAAACUCUGGAAGUUCUUGACUUGAGUUCUACGUUUUCGAAAUACAAUCAUCCAAUAGAAAUAUUUUUGCGAAAUUUAGAACGAUUGGAAUGGCUCCAGUUGGAUCAUAAUAAUAUAUCUAAAAUGUCAGAGUUGUGUUUUAAAUCUUUAACCAAGCUGCGUCACUUAGAUAUUAGCAGCAAUGACUUAGUAGAUGUGCCAUACAAUUUAUUCCUAGCUCCGAAGCAUAUGUACCUCAGUGCCAUCCACAUUAGCAACAAUGAGCUAAGAAUUAUAAAUAGUGCAAUGUUCGACAGUGUUCAGCAUGUGACGACUAUUGUUUUAUUUGGUAACAAAAUUUCGGAAGUAGAGAGCUAUGCCUUUGCUCAUUGUUCAUAUUUAAACACUGUGGUUCUUUCAAAAAAUCAUUUGACAUCCAUUGCUCCUUCAGCUUUCUGUAACCUUACGAGGCUCUCUAACAUUUUCUUACAAGAUAAUUUACUUGAAUCGUUUUCCCUCGAUAUAAUUGAUGGUGAUACAUCUCCGUUAUAUAUCAAUUUGUCUAAUAAUGCACUGAGAGAACUAAAUGGAAAUAAUAACUCUAUGUUGUUUUCCGUAAAGGUUAGGACACUGGACCUCACAAACAAUCAAAUAUCUGUGAUACCAGAUAAUUUUAUUGUAGCAUUGUCGAAAUAUCUUUUAUAUUUAUUUUUAUCAAAAAAUCAAAUCUCAGAUAUCAAAUUUCCGUCACUGCCGGUAUUACAAGUGUUAGAUUUAUCCUAUAACAGGCUCUCUAAUUUAACAUCUGACAAUUUCGUGUGCUGUCCUAAUAUCCAAUUGUUGAUGCUUAACCACAACUGCAUAUCAAGCAUUUCUGUAGGAGUACUAGGAGCUAUGAAAUAUUUGCGUAUUCUCGACUUGAGCAACAACAAAUUAAGCUCUCUUCCCCAAAAUAUAUUUUCUAAUACAAAAUUAGAAAAAUUAAAUUUGUCACGGAAUAACUUCGCUCAACCUUCUCUAGAAAGUCUCACAGCUGUUCGAGAAACAUUGAAACAUCUCGAUUUAUCGUUAAAUGAAAUUGAAAAUAUAUCUUCUGAAACUUUCUCGAGUCUUACUAAACUUCAAGCCUUAAAUCUGUCUUCCAACCACAUAUCUUUUCUCCACGAACAGAGCUUCCAAGCUAUGAGUCACUUGUUGGAGUUAGAUCUUUCUCAUAAUCCCCUGCAAAAAAUUUUAAAUGAGAUGCCUUGGGGCUCUUUAGGAGCUUUAAGGGCACUGCACAUACGAAAUACAAGUUUAGUUUCCAUCUCGACAUUACCGCUUCCUCAAAUAACUACUCUAACUCUUAAAGACAACUUCCUGUGCAACAUAUCACAAGGUGUGUUUGAAAAAUCGCAACAUCUGCGGUAUCUUGACUUAUCUAGCACAUUACUACAAGAUGUUCCUCUCCAUUUGUGGCAGCAGACUAAACGAUUAGUCUUCCUGGACAUAUCCAAUAAUCCAAUUGAAGUAUUAGAGGUGAACAGCUUCUCCGGCCUUGAAAGACUUCAGCAGCUUGAUAUCAGCGGAUUGCGACUAAAGAGACUCGACACAAGAACUCUUCAUGGCUUAAGAUUCUUGAUUUCACUGAAGACAGAUUCCUAUGCUUCCGUUCGUUCCUUUCGUUUACAAGACCUUCUUUCACAAGCUCCAGCCCUUCGUAAAGUAACCAUCAACAUUGAGGAGUCUACGUUAUCCCACCAAGUUCAGAGGGCUUUUGGAACCAAACUGAGAGAAUUAGUUAUUACUGGUUCCAACCUGCAAAGGAUAUUGCCUGAUGCUUUCGCUGGUUUAUCCACGCAUGAACUUACGAUACGAAUUAGUGGCACUUUAGUGAACAAAUUCCCGGAUGGAUUGUUACGCUACCUUCCAGACGUUCGUUACCUUACUUUGGAUUUUAGGAACAACCAGCUUACGACGAUGGGCCCUGAAGUUCUUGCAGCUGUAACGAAAGAAGGAUCAGAUAUUCAUCAAACACAGCAUAUAACAGGUGGAGUUCUAUUGGAAGAAAAUCCUUGGAGUUGCAGCUGCGAGCUUCUGUGGCUCGGACGAUGGUUGAGGCGGUGGCUUCGAGAAACAUUUCAUGUGCAUUUGCUCAGCGUAGAAGCAGCUCUGUAUGUCAGCAGUGUUUCCAGAAAAGCCACAUGUCUGGUACAAGGAUCUAACAUCAGCCUAGCUAUAAUAGACUUAAAACAGUCCGAUGUCAAAUGCGAAAAAACUGUUAAUAAGGCCGCCAUUUCUGUUUCUUCCUUUUGGACAUUUUUUACCAUUGUCAUAGGUUUGCGUUUUGCACAAUAUGCUCAAGCGUAAUCCUUGUGAAGUUUCCAUUGUAUUAAGAAUAGUGAAACAUUUAUGGAUUUGAAAUAAAUAAAACUUUUUAACUAAAGAAA